UGCCUCAUAAGUCUACUUUGCAUUCGCAUAACAACGACUCCGGUCUAAAGUUUGAAUCCCCUUAACCUGGAACCGACGUCCAAUCCUUGGUUCCAAGAUUUCCACUUCGAGAACAACGAUCUCCCAAAAGAACACGUGUUCCCGCAAAUGGUUCAUUGCAUCACGUGUACGUACACCUCCUCAAAUAGCUGGAUUUUUGGCUGGCUCUUUCCUUCUCAUCUACCGCAUCGUUCUCAGAUUCCCUUCUCAUUCCCUACAGCGAUUUCUCCCAUUGAUCCAUUCUGAGUCUGCUAUGGUCUGAGAAAGAUAUUCCCAACGCUCGGUGGGGCGCACGACGUCCCUGAACCUCGGCAUUCAUCUUGGACUCGACGAACUUGACGGAUUGGCGUUGCUGGCUGCAACGGCAUGCAGAAUGCCUCGCGUAUCAAAAAGACCCUUCAAUGAAAUUGUUACACCCCCUGCCUCGCCUCUGCCACUUACAACGUGGUAUAAGAAGGGUUCGGACCUGGUGGGGGCCUUUUCGUCGUAAGUCGGUGCCUCCAGUGCGGAAUUAUCUGGCUAAACAUGUUUCUAGGUUGUGCUCGUCAAAGAGGUUGAAAGAGAAUCAUGGCGGCUGGAGCACGCCUACUACUAGCUGUACCGUCAGCUCGGACAAGACGGACGAGGAGGAUGCUUCCGAGUGUGGGAGGUACGUUCAUGGUGCUUUUGUUCUCCCGUCUCGGGUACCAAUACCGGUCGAAAGACCGGCGGUCAACAUGAAUCGAAAAAUCCUACCACUGCCCAAGAGAGCCGAGCUUCCCGCACCUGUCGAUCCAAGAGAGAUCUUUCUGAAGUCUUUGAUCCCGCUGGCGCAGUUCCCAGGGGAAAAGGCUCGCAAGACAGACGAAGAGCGUCUGUAUUCCCUUCAGCAGGAUCCUUGCAUCGACGUAGAUUCAAUUAGCAGGCAGCGAGUUGACUGUAACAAGUGUAGGAGCUCCGUACUAUUGGACCGUCGUAGGAAUGCGGGAUACUAUGCCAGCGCAUGGGUGAAGCAUAAGAAUACAUGCUUAGAGGUUUAUAGAGCUUGCUCAUAGAGCAUGGAUACGAUGACUCGGCUUGGAUACGGGAAGCGGAAAGACGUAGGGAUGCGAAGUUGAAGAAGUAGGUGUAGGAUUAUUUAUAUAAGUCG